UGUUGUUGUUGUCUCCUCUCCCUGAUCUUCACUGAACUAAGAACUCAGCAGCACCUUCUUCUUCCAUUUUAUGGCGUUCGCCCACUAUUUAGUUGCAGUUCCCGUGGAACCCUCCCCAAAGUGCCCUAAACCCUCAAUACCCAACCCAACGUUCUCGAUUUCCUCGCGCUGUUUAAACCUCCCUUCCACUCUGCGCCCCAGAACUCGCAAACACUCGCUAUUCGCCACGCUCCGCAGGAUCAGGAUCGCUCACAGAGCUAAGGCUGCGCCGAAAGAGCCCGAGGUCAGUGUGGCCAGCGAUGCCUUCACCGAAUUCAAGCAUCUGCUUUUGCCUAUUACGGAUAGGAAUCCCUACCUCUCCGAGGGCACAAGACAAGCUAUUGCAACCACCUCUGCUUUAGCUAAGAAGUAUGGAGCUGACAUUACUGUUGUAGUUAUUGAUGAACAGCAGAAAGAGUCGCUGCCUGAGCAUGAGACCCAACUAUCCAGCAUCCGUUGGCAUCUAUCUGAAGGUGGAUUGAAGGACUAUAACUUGUUAGAGCGGCUUGGUGAAGGGAGCAAGCCAACAGCAAUUAUUGGGGAUGUUGCUGAUGACCUUAAUUUGGAUUUGGUAGUUAUUAGCAUGGAAGCGAUUCAUACAAAGCAUAUAGAUGCAAAUUUACUGGCUGAGUUCAUUCCCUGUCCUGUCAUGCUUUUGCCAUUGUAGUUUGCAUUGUUUUAAUAUAGGGAACGGUUUUUGUUUCAUCCGCUCUGUCUUCUCUGAUGCAAUUUGACAUUCCAUCAGGUUGUUAAACAUUUGCGGCUCCAGUGUCAGGGGUGUUUUGUUAAAAAUGAUCUAGUGUCCUGACUCAGGUGGGGUGUGUAUAUAUGAAUGCUGAAGCAUGACUAAUUUUUAUGCCUGAAAAAAAACCAUGUUGGGUUUUCACAA